UCCUGUCCCUCAGGGUUCUCCUCUUUGUCGCUGUGGACCUUAAUUAUCCGGGGAGCAUAUCUUAAAGCGGCCCAAUUAGCACGCGCUCAUUCCAAAACUCAUCACACAUCACGCGCUUUUUUAUUUAUUUAUUUUUGUUCGUUGGAGGGAUGGAAUUACUGGUUGAAAACAGCCACAAUGUCUGAGAUAUUUCUCCAACUUUUGCAAUUCGGGCUGUCAAGAGACAAAAGGAGGCAAAACAAAGUGCCGUGGACGUGGACGCGCGUGUUAUUGUGGGUGCUUUUGAUGUGUAGUUGUGUGGAUGUUUCUCUAAGUGGUGUGGCAGGAUCCACGGCUGAACACGAAGGAUUUUGUCCAAACAAGCUGAACUCUAAUCUUUGGGUUGAUGCGCAGAGCACCUGCGAGAGGGAAUGCAGCGUCGAUGAGGACUGCGCAGAACAUGAGAAAUGCUGCACCAAUGUGUGUGGCCUCAAUAGCUGCGUUUCUGCACGUUUCUCUGAUGGCACCCCUGCUCAGCCGGGUGGGAAGGAAGGAGACAGUGGAGAUAAUUCCUCCAUUGCAACCUGUGAUGGUUUCAUCUGCAGCCAGCAGGGGGCAACCUGUGACAUCUGGGAUGGACAGCCCAUCUGUAAGUGCCAGGACCGCUGUGAGAAAGAGCCCUACUUUACCUGUGCGUCGGAUGGCCUCACUUACUUCAACCGCUGCUACAUGGACGCAGAAGCCUGCAUCAGGGGAGUGACUUUGACUGUGAUCCCUUGCCGUUUCUACCUGGCUGGUCCACAUACGAGUCCUUUUCCUCUAGAUACUACAGUUUCUCCAACCCCCACAUCCUCCCAGGAGGACCCAAUGCCUCCAACGCUGUACUCUAACCCUCACCAUCAAUCCAUCUAUGUCGGAGGCACAGUUAGCUUUCACUGCAACGUGAUCGGCGUUCCAAGGCCUGAUGUGACGUGGGAGAAGCAGAGUGAAAGGCGUGAGCGGCUAGUCAUGAGGCCGGACCAGAUGUACGGGAAUGUAGUCAUAACCAACAUUGGACAGCUAGUGGUGUACAAUGCCCAGGUCUGGGACACCGGCAUAUACACAUGUAUCGCAAGGAACUCUGUCGGAGUUCUCCAAGCAGACUACCCGCUGUCUGUUAUCCGCCGAGCGGAUGAUUUUUCAGAGGAUCCUGAGUUGCCCAUGGGGCGACCGUUCUCUCCAGCAGACUGCCUGGCUGAGGUUGACACUAAAGUCUGCAGCGGGGAGCGUCACGUGGACUGGUAUUACGACAGCAAGCUGGGCUCCUGCAUGACCUUCAGCAGUGGCGGCUGCGACGACAGUCGUAAUCGUUUUGAGACGUACGAGGAAUGCAAGGCGUCCUGUCAGAGAGAGGGAAUGGGGAUCUGCUCCCUGCCAGCGGUUCAAGGUCCGUGCAAAAACUGGGAGGCCCGCUGGGCCUGGAAUUCCUUGAUGAAACAGUGCCAGCCGUUUGCUUACGGCGGAUGCCAGGGAAAUGCCAAUAGCUUUCGCACUAAAAAGGAAUGUGAGGCAAACUGUCCGCAGGCCAAACGGAAACCAUGCAGGACUUGUCGGAUGAGGGGGAAAAUGAUGCCCACCUUGUGCCGCAGCGACUUCGCCAUCGUUGGGCGGCUAAUGGAGCUCAUCGAGGACCUCGAUUCUGGUUUGGCUCGCUUUAGCCUGGACGAGGUACUGAGGGAUGAAAAGAUGGGCCUAACUUUCUUCAACACUAAAAACUUGGAGGUGACCAUCAUCAAGAUCGAUUGGAGCUGUCCCUGUCCCAACAUCACCAUGGAGCACAACCCCUUGUUGGUGAUGGGUAUGGUGCAGGAUGGCAUGGCUAUCAUCCAGCCAGACAGCUACGUGAAAGCCAUAACUGAAAAAAGGCUCCGCAGGCUCAGGGAUGCCAUCAAUAAAAAAGCAUGUGAGAAAUUGUAGAG